CGUGGUCUCCCCGAGUCCGUGGGAACGGCCUGCGCACCCGGCUGAAAUUCUCCAGUUGCCGGUCCUCUGUACAGCGAUCAUUCAGGCGUUUUAAUAGGCGUAUUAUUCGUGUAGAACAGUUUUAACUUGUUUGUAAAAUCAUUUGCGUAUCUUACAAUUAAAGACAGAAUACCACAGAUCUUAACCAAGGUUAUUGAUACAUUACAUCGACAUAAAAGUGAAUUUUUUGAGAAACAUGGAGAGAAAGGCAUGGAAGCUGAAAAGAAAGCAAUUUCUCUUCUUUCUAAAUUACGGAAUGAACUGCAAACAGAUAAACCAAUAGUCCCCUUGGUUGAGAAGUUUAUUGAUACUGACAUAUGGAAUCAGUACCUUGAAUAUCAACAGAGUCUUUUAAGUGAAAAUGCUGGGAAACCGAGGUGGUUCUAUUCACCGUGGUUGUUUGUAGAAUGCUACAUGUAUCGUAGAAUUCAUGAAGCUAUGAUCCAGAGUCCUCCAAUUGAUGACUUUGAUGUAUUUAAAGAAUCAAAAAACCAAAAUUUCUUUGAGUCACAGGAAUCUGUCAUUGCUUUAUGCACUCACCUGCAAGAGUUGAUGAAAACUAUUGAAGCCCUAGAUGAAAACCAGCUGAAAAAUGAGUUUUUUAAACUUAUUCAGAUUUCACUGUGGGGAAAUAAAUGUGAUCUAUCUAUAUCAGGUGGGGAAAACAGUUCUCAGAAGACCAAUAUACUAAAUUCCUUGGAAGACCUAAAACCUUUCAUUUUAGUGAAUGACGUGGAACAUCUUUGGUCAUUGCUUAGCAAUUGCAAGAAAACAAGAGAAAAAACAUCUGUUAUUAGAGUGGAUAUUGUUCUGGAUAAUUCUGGUUUUGAACUUGUUACAGAUUUAGUGUUAGCUGACUUCUUGUUGUCCUCUAAAUUGGCCACUGAAAUUCAUUUUUAUGGAAAAGCUAUUCCAUGGUUUGUUUCUGAUACUACUAUGCAUGAUUUUAACUGGUUAGUUGAACAAGUAAAACAUGCUAAUCAUAAGUGGAUGUCCAAGAGUGGGAUUGACUGGGAAAACUAUAUUAAAACAGGCAGAUGGGUUUACCAUGAUCAUAUAUUUUGGACUCUGCCUCAUGAAUUCUGUGCAAUGUCUCAGGUUGCUCCUGAUUUAUAUGCUGAACUACAAAAGGCACAUUUAAUUUUAUUCAAGGGUGAUUUGAAUUACAGGAAGCUGACAGGUGACAGAAAGUGGGAAUUUACCACUCCAUUUCAUCAGGCUUUGAAUGGCUUCCAUCCUGCACCUCUGUGCAGUAUAAGAACUUUAAAAGCUGAGGUUCAGGUUGGUCUGCAACCUGGGCAGGGUGAACAGCUCACAGCUUCUGAGCCCAGCUGGCUGACCACUGGGAAAUAUGGAAUAUUACAGUUUGAUGGUCCACUUAGAUUUGGUUUAGGAACCCUUCCUUAAGUUGUGUAGGAAGAUCUGACAGGCACUUUUCAUUCCCAGAAAAGCAGCAUGUGCAUUUAGUCCCUUGGCUGCACUGCAUCAGCUCUGAGAAGUUUUUGGUUUCUUGAUGCUCAUUUUCAUACACUCUGGAUGCUUAAUUUUUCUUUGAACAUUUUUUCCCACUACAUGUUAUGGGGAUAGAUGGAUUAAGCUAGCUACAGUAUUUACAUUUAUGUUGGAAUUUUAGUUAACAUUUCAAGUUAAAAUCAUGAUUUCAAGUGGUUUUAAUGAACAUUAAUUUUUAAUUGGACAGAACAAAAUAUAAGUGAAGUCUGCUUUUGAAGUUAACAUUUAAAAAAUACUAUGCUGCAUGGUGUUUACUAUUCUAGGAAGCAUGGAAUUUUAUAUAAUCUGAUUUUAGGGCUCUAGAAAUAGUGGCUCCAUGAAAACAAACAAAAAUAUUAAUUUUAAAAAAACAACUGAUAGUUGAGCACAAGAAAGUAAAAGUUACUCAUAUAAUUCUAAAUUUUGUUCUCUUUGAAUUUUAUUUUACUUCAAUUGCCUGUCUUAUUUGAUUUUGAUUUUACCUUGUGGAAUGGAUGAUAGGAAACACAAAAUUGAGCUGAAUAAAACAGGAUAUUUGAAGAAAUUGUUUUUACAUUCUAUGUGUGCUAUCCAUAAUAAAUUGAAAUGUAUUAUUUUAA